GCCCCCGCCCCUUUUAGUUUGUAUACGAUCAGCGUGUGUUUGCAGCAUGGCUUCCUUGGCUAAGAAACGUGCGGUAGAAAUGGUUACAAACGGCGAAAAGAGUGAUAACAGCUCAGACGAGAGCAUUGGGGACGAGGAGGACUCCGUGGAGGACAGCGAGGACUCAGACGAGGAGAUUAACGAGGAGGUCAUGGUGGAUUUUGAAGCUCACGCCAUCGCACAUACUGAUUUCAAUGGCAUCAAGAAACUUCUGCAACAGCUGUUCCUCAAGGCCCACGUAAACACGUCCGACCUGACCGACCUCAUCAUCCAACAGAACCAUAUCGGAAGUGUAGUUCGGCAAGCUGAGGUGCCUGAGGACAGCGAUGGAGAGGACAACCCUGAUGAAGUAUUUGGCUUCAUUAGUAUGCUGAACCUCACCGAGAGAAAGGGUGUGCAGUGCGUGGAAGAGGUGAAGGAUCUGAUCAUGGACCACUGUGAGAAUAACAGCUCCGGGAGCGUCACAGAGCAGCUUGAGACGAUCUUCAGCGACACCAGCAAGUCGGUCGGGCUUCUUCUGAGCGAGCGGUUCAUCAACGUGCCGCCACAGAUCGCCCUGCCACUGCACAAACAGCUCCAGGAGGAGAUCGCGGAGGCCCAGCGGACCAACCAGCCCAGCGGGAAGUGUCACUACUGCCUCAUGAUCAGCAAGACCUGCAAGGAGGUGACCAAGAGCAUCCCGGCACGGGGGGGCGCCGCGCCCAAGGAGGAGCUGCUGUUCAUCAACGCAGAGGAGGAGUUCUUCUAUGAGCACGCCACGGUGAAGUUCAACUACUCGGUGCAGGAUGAAACUGACUCGUGUCUGAGCGGCCGCUGGUCCUUCGACGACGUUCCCAUGAAGCCGUUCCGCACGGUGAUGCUGAUCCCGGCCGACAGCAUUCCCAGCAUCAUGGAGAAACUCAAGGAGUUUCUCACCGUCUGAAGCUCCCAAUAAACACCUGUGGACUUCUGACAUGGCUCAAAGCAAACGGUUACUUACGGAUUUGUAUUUCAAGUUUAGUCGUGUUGAGUAAGUAAUUGAGUCAUUAUAACUCGGCAGAAGGAAAAACGGGUGGCACUGAUCGCCGAAACAACACCCGCAGUGUUUUUUUUUGGGCAUUUACCCUGCAAUAUUGAGAUUUAACACCUAAACUCUGUUCAGUAAAAAAAAAAAUACGAUUUAGGUACAACAUUUGUAAAUUUGAAUUAGUCUCGGACGGCAAGAAUGCUUUUGUCUUCGGCAUAUUGUAUUUUCUAUAUAACCGUAUAAAACAAAGUAACUAAG